AUGGAUCGCCCAUCGAGGAAACUGCCGACCCCUAGCCCUCGCACGCUUUUGGUAGGGAGAUGCUAUGUGCAAACAGCGACGGAUAGGAGCUUUAUGCCGGAUCUCGAGGAAGAUAGAAUCCAUCCGAACGACUCGAUAUAUCGGCUUGUCCCAAGCAUGCAGGGCUAUCGAAACAAUCUGACCGCACUAUCACAAGCUUACAAUCUCUAUUUCGUCGCAUAUCAAGGUCAUAUAUUCGCCUACACUCCUCGAAGCAUUCCGAAACAAACGAUUCCCCGACAUCCCGACCUCCAAAUAUAUCCCAGGCCAAGUAAAGAGGCCCUUUCUAUUGGAGGCUGUAUCGACCCUGUUACUCCUCAUACUAUCAAUCACAUUAUUACAGGCUACCUCGGGAGAGAAGAGAUCCUAGUUGCUUGUUACGAUGAUGGAGAUGUUGUUGCGUACUAUGUCAAAGAGAUUGCAGAUUCGGCUUCCAGAACUAAGAGGAGCUCUGGGAAAGCACACACCAAUCAUCAGCCGCGGCUCUUCUUUCACGAGAAUGUUGGCCAUACGGCUUGGGGGUUAGCCAUUCAUCGCAAGUCCCGUCUCAUAGCUGUCAGCACGAAUCGCUUCGAGGUGACGGUUUUUGCUUUUGCCCUCACCACAUGUCAGAAGAAAUCAAAAAGUAGACGAGAAUUUUGCGAUUGCUGCCAGAGCAACGACAAUACCCGGUCGAAUAUUCCUAGGAGGGCACGGAACUGGAGAAUCGUGGUGGCUCUUGGGGCUAAAGCGUCCAACAUCCCUAACAUCUGCUUUGUCGAUAGUGAAGAUGGCCAGGCUGAGAAGAUAUGCGCGAUAGAUAUCAAUGGGGUCAUCUGGAUAGCAGAUAUUUGGAAAAUGUUCCAGCCUGUAGUUCAGAUUCCGCCAUCUAAACAUCUUAUACUACAGAGUGAAGAAUUCUGGCCAGCACCAUCACGGGGAUGGGGUGUACUGGCUCUUCCCGAAGAAUCCUUUGUGCCAGUCAGCACUCUCGAGGAGAUGCUUGGGUUACCCGAGGAGGCGCUCAGCAUCUUCCAACCGGGAUCGGGAUGCUCGCAGCCGAUGGUGAAUGUGGCAGAAUGCCUCGCAGCCAUCCCGGACAACCCAAGCCCCCCUCCCACGCUUGGGGCCAGGGCGGGCGAUGCCAUUGCCCCCAAUCUCUUGGACGACGAGCAAAGCGACGAAAGUGAGGCCGAACCAGAAGAGCCUGAAAAUGAAAGCGACGAGACGGAUGAGGAGGAUGAGGAGGAUGGCGACGAUACGGGUCAGGGAUCUGAAGAAGAGGAAGAAGAACAAGAACAAGAACAAGAUACUCAAGAAGACUUUGUUGCUCAGGGGAUUCCUGAAAUCGUUGCAGCAGACCACGGCAGCAGCGCGGUUCUAUUUCCACCUCCACCAGCAGGACUGCAAUUCCAACAAGCGCUACAUGAUCUAGACGAAGCACUCGGGCAGCUUGCUUACGCUGUACAGGAAUUCCAAGAGGCCAUCUCUUCCCCGGACACUCCUGAGCCAGCAUUGGCCGAAGCACAGAAUUCAAAGGAUCAAGACAUUGUCAUGUCAAUAGAUGAAAAGAGAAAGAACCCCGAUACCAUGACUUUGAGACAGCGCAGCCACAACCGACUCAACACACCACCAGUUCGACUCGACAUGGCAUUUUUCCCACAUAGCGGAAAGAUUCAAGCCAUCCCCAGGCCAACAACACAGCUUGUUGAGUUUUUAAAGAGACCGAUUGAGUUUAAUGACAAUAAGGGACCGCUAGUUGAAGACCGCCUCAGAAGUUUGACAAAGCGAUAUCAUUUUGUCCGAACAUUGGAAAAGGACGUGGAGCUAAGAAGUCUUCGGGAAGAAUAUGAUACAGGCUUGAAAGAGAUUGGUGUUUUGUGCCCCGACGCUGUCACGUUCAGCUGGUUUCAGGAGCGAAGUAUCAGGCCGUUCUUCCGCGCAACUAGCCGCCUGAGCAUGGUUUUUCAUGUCCCUGAGCUGUCUCUCGUCGUAGUAGGGUCACCAACUGGGCGGGUUCUUUGUGUUACUCCGACAAAGCUCAGGUCACCGGUUGCGUCGAAGACGGCGGGGAUGUGGCAUCACGGACUUCGGGUGGAAUGCGUUCUACCUCGACUAUCAGAAGAGCAGGCAUGCCGGCCAGUGUUACGACCAUUGCACGGGCUGGCGGUUGGGCCAGUACAGGAUGACGACCGGCUGUAUGGCGACAGAACAAGCCGAGCAACGGCACCAAAACGGUAUAGACUAAUGCUGCAUUAUCGAAAUCACGAUAUCCUAACAUACGAAAUAACGAGGGAGGAACAAACAGGGAGACUUUGCAUCUUUUGA